GGUUACGGGCAUUCGUGAAAUUUAUAUUUUUGGCCUUAAGGGCCAGGCAAACUCGAUCCCAAGCUGCCUUCUCCUGAAGGAUAACCGGGGGAGGGGUCUGGGUUUUAUUUUGUGCCACCGGACGCGGCGACGGAGUGGCACGGGCUGGGGGCGCAACGGGAGUCUGAGGGCGGGGGCGCGACGCGUUCACGGCUUUGCUAAUUUUAGCGGCCGCGGGAGCUCGAGACUCCGCGGCACGCUUCUUACCCUUCUGUACCAGGGUGAAUCCAUCCGUCGAUGAGGCGGGGGCGAGGUCGACCUCCAUGUCCGAGUCAGAGUCGGAGCACGAGGAGGCGGGUGCAGGCGACCUACGAGCAAGUGUAGGUGUUUUAGAGGGCGCGACGGAGGCCGCGGAUGAUCGCUCAGCUGAAACGAUGGUCACGGCGGACGACGCAGCAGCUUUUCUCGCCAGUAUAGGCGACACGGAAGCGGCAGGCACGACAGAGGCUGCGGUGCUCAAUGCAGAAGCUCUGCACGCAGGUACAGGCGACGCAGGAGCAGCGAGCGCGGCGGAGUCCUCGAGAGGGCUCGCAGUGUGAUUGGCCUUGAAGGCCAAAAACUCCGAGGCGAGCUGUGGGUGGCGAAGUCGGAGGAAUUCCGCGAAUACAGCGUCCAUGAUCGCUGAGUACCCAGGUGGGGCGGCCCCGGGUCUUGAAAACACUCGCCUUGCGGCGAGGCCCCAACUUCUCGGACCUGAGCGGUUCUAUUGAACACAGGUGGCAAUGCGGCGCGAUUACUACAGGACAAAGAAAAAGCACAACAAAACAGAAAUUACGAAAAGAAACAAAACAAAUAAAUACUUGCAGGAAACCAAUUUGUCGGCAGAUGUACCACGAACACAGAAACAACAAAAGGAAACAAAACAAAUAAAAACUUCCAGAAAGAGCACUUAGUCGGCAGAUGUACCACAAACACAGGCCGCGCGAACAAUGGCCGGGCUAACAAAAGCCGGGCGAACAAAGACCGGGCGAUCGAGUGGACGAUGAGCACGUCCGCACGUGACGGGUGCCUCUAUCGGAAUGAGAUGGGUAUUAACACAGAAUACCUGCAUAGGUAGACAAAAUAAUGUUAUGGAAUAUUACGAUUUGUUUUUUUAUUUUCGUAAAACUACACGAAGCGGCAAACAUAUUGGUCGUUAUUCCUUAUGCGGUCACUUCUCAUUACAAAAUGCAGAGGCCGAUUGGAUUAGAAUUAGCUCGAAGGGGCCACAAUGUUACGGUUAUAACACCGUACUUAGAACUAGAUUGUCCACCGACGUAUCAUCAGGUGAAAGUUAGCGAAAAAAAAAUAUGGACGGUUAUUGAUAAACGGUGGGAAGAUCUAUCUAACGUAGUUAAAGUUACAUCCGUAGACUUUCACAGUAAUAUCCUUUGGACAGGCGGAUUGGCUUUAACGAAGACGACUCUAAAGAAUCCAGAUGUACAGAAAUUCCUAACUAACAAUCAGACUUUUGAUGCCGUUAUUAGCGAACAAUUUUAUCAAGAAGCUACAUACAUUUUUGCUCAUAAAUAUAAAGCUCCUUUAAUUCUUAUCACUACUUUUGGAAGUUCGAUAAAGCAUAAUGUGGCAACUAGAAAUCCUUUACAAUUGGCUACGUUAGUCAACGAAUUUGUGGAAAUAAAAUCACCAAAUUUUUUUAAGGGGAGACUUUGGAAUUUGUUAUUUUCAUGCUACGAAUACAUUUGGUGGAGAUUCUGGUUUUUGAAGAAGCAAGAGGAACUAGUAGAAAAAUACGUUCCAAAUUUGCCUCAGCCAUCUCCGAGCCUUUAUGAACUACAGCAGAAUGUUUCUUUGUAUCUUAUGAACACACAUUUUAGUUUCGAUCCUCCUGCUGCUUAUUUGCCCAAUUUUAUUGAAAUCGGCGGUAUUCAUCUGAAUGAAGAAGUCGAAAAACUACCACAAGACAUCCAAAGAAUAUUAGACGAAGCAAGCAAUGGAGUUGUGUAUGUAAAUUUUGGAUCUAAUAUUAAGAGUUCAGAAUUGCCUAUUGAAAAGAAGAAUGCGCUAAUCAACGUAUUUAAGAGCUUAAACCAAACGGUGCUAUGGAAAUGGGAAGACGACAAUUUUGGCAACCAAACUGCUAACAUUAAGACGCGAAAAUGGCUGCCACAAAACGAAAUCUUAGCUCACCAAAAUGUGAGAAUAUUUAUAUCACACGGUGGUUUAAUGGGAACCAUUGAAGCAAUUUUCCACGGAGUUCCCAUUAUUGGCAUUCCAUUGUUCGGAGAUCAAUACAAUAACCUACUACAAGUAGAAAAUGCAGGAUCUGGUAUCAUUCUUGAAUAUCACAACUUAAAUGAAAACAAUAUGCGUUCUCUGAUAAACCAUGUUCUCAGUGAUGAAAAGUACAAAAAUAAUGCUAGAGAACUAUCGAUAAGGUUUAGAGAUAGACCAAUUAAGGCUCUAGACGCUGCAAUGUAUUGGAUCGAAUACGUUAUAAGACACAAAGGCGCUCAUUUCAUGAAAAAUCCCGCAUUAAAAUUGAAUUGGUUUGCCUACAACAUGUAUGAUGUUUAUCUUUUCAUUUUAUGUGUACUUAUAAUUAGCGUGUACGUAAGUUAUAGAUGUUUAAAGGUUUUAGUUUAUUUUCGUAUAAAUACAAAGUUCGAUAGAAAAUUGUGUGGGAAAGUUAAAUUUCAAUAAACAGAAUAAAAGUUUGAAAUCUAA